GAGAGAGAGAGAAGACUCAUCUUCAUGUGUCUUGUUCUCUUUUUCAUUCAUUCUGGUUUAUAUGGUGGUGGCCAAUAUAUUUUUUUUUCUUCAGGGAGCCAGGAUCCCGUUUUUCUUCCAUCGUACACAUUCUUUAUGGCUAUAGCCAAUCAUAACCAUCAUCGUUUGAAUAGGCAAAAUCGACGAAAAGGUUGUCGCCUUGUCGUCUUUCUCUCUCACUCACUCAUUCACUCUAUCUCAUUCUUUUUUGGCUUUUCAAUCUCAUUCGGUUCUUGAUCGGAUCGGAUCUUGUCGCCUUGCCGUUUUUUGUUGUUGUUGUUUUUGGUUGGUUGGUACCGUUGUGUUGCUACUCACAUUCUUUCUUCCUUUUUCUCUCUUUCGAUAUUCUUCUUUACACACUCAAUUCCACUCAAUAUUUGAUCGUAGCUGUUUUCAAUGCUUGAAUAGAGAAUUUCUUCUGGAUCAGUUAACCGAUCGAACGAAUUAAAUCAAUCGAUUCACUACCGACCGAAUUUGUCCAUCAGAUCAAGUUGGCCAUCAUAGAAUUUAUUUUUGGGUUCUGAUUAUUAUUGUUCGAGUUUUUUUUUCUCUGUUUUCACACAAAUUAUGUGAUAUACAUAAUAAUCCAAAAAAAAUGGAUGAAAAAACAAAAUUGAUUUUUUUUUCUCAUUGACUCAUUAAUUGAUCGAUCGAUUGAUUGAUUGAUUGACUGAUUGAUUAAUGAUCAUUGAGCACAUUUGUCGUGUUGUGCAAUAUCGAAUGUUUUAUAAAUUAUUGAAUGGGUAUCUUUAAAAAGUGUCCGUGUUUUUGUACGGGACGACGUCGACGACGUUCACAAUCGAGCUUGUUUGGUGGUGGUGAUCAUUAUAAUAGUAAUGCCACUGGUGGUGGUGGUGGUGGUGUUGGUGGUGGUCAUAUCGAUGGUGGUAUCGACGAUGAUAGUGAUCCUUCCAUAAUCAAAGAGCUUGAUUAUAGCCAUUGUUGUUUGGAAGAUGUACCGGCCACUAUUUUUACAUUUGAACGUACAUUAGAACGUUUAAAUCUUGAAUCAAAUCAAAUUCGUGACCUGCCAAGAGCAUUAUUCCAUUGUGAAGAAUUACGGCAACUAAAUCUAAGUGAUAAUGAAUUACAAUCAAUUCCGGCUGCCAUUUCAUCAUUGAACAAAUUAGAGGAAUUGAAUUGUUCAAAAAAUCAUAUAUUACAAUUACCGGACAGUAUAAGACAAUGUAAAUUGUUAAUGGUGGUUGAAGCAUCAAUCAAUCCACUUGGUCCACGGCUACCCGAUUCAUUGACACAAUUAAUCAAUUUACGGGAAUUAUUUCUAAACGAUGCAUUUGUAGAAUUUUUACCAGCAAAUUUUGGAAAAUUGACUCGGCUACAAAUAGUUGAACUUCGUGAAAAUCAUCUGAAAACAUUGCCCAAAUCAAUCAAUCGUUUGGUUGAAUUACGACGAUUGGAUAUUGGCCAAAAUGAUUUUAUUGAAUUUCCCGAUGUAAUCGGUAGCCUAUACAAUCUUAAUGAACUAUGGUGUGAUUUUAACAAACUUGUCACAAUACCCGAUGUCAUUGGUAAUUUGACUCAAUUAACUUAUCUGGAUGCUAGUUUCAAUAAAAUCGAAGACAUUUCUCCUGACAUUGGUAAAUGUUUUCAAUUAACCGAUCUGACCUUAUCAUCGAAUAAUUUACAAGAACUGCCCGAUUCACUUGGUAAUCUUCAUCAGCUACUUGUGUUGAGGCUUGAUGAGAAUGAGCUCAAAACUAUUCCAUCGACCUUAGGAAGCCUUAGCCAAAUUGAAGAGAUUACAAUCAACGAGAAUAUGAUAACCGAAUUACCAUUAUCAAUUGGUCAUUUAAGAAAUUUACAAACAUUGAUAGCCGAUUGCAAUAAAAUUGAACGUCUUCCGGAUUCUAUUUGUAGCUGUAAUCAUCUUCGGAUAUUAUCAUUGGCUGAAAAUAAUAUUAAAUAUUUACCCGAUGAUUUGGGCCGUUUAUCAUCAUUACAAGUGUUGAAUCUAUGCAACAAUUAUCUAACUUAUUUACCAUUCUCAUUGACACAAAUCACCAAUCUAAAAUCAAUUUGGUUAUCAGAAAAUCAAACAAAACCAUUAAUGCCAUUACAUUCGGAAACAUUGGAUAUACAACCAACCAUGAUUGGUGGUGGUCCACCACCAUUAAAAAUACUCACCUGUUUUCUAUUGCCACAGACUAAAUCAGAAGAACAUACGACCACUGCCUUGGAACAUCAUUCUACAAAUAAUUCACAACGACGAAAACUUUCAUUCUUAACAGUCAACAUUGAUAAACCAUUGAUAACGGCCGAAAAAAAAGAUUCCAUUCAAUCAAUCAAUAAUAAUAAUAACAAUAAUAAUCCAGAAUCAUUUGAAUCAAAUGAAUUGGCCAUCAUACCUUUAACUGGUUGUGGUCCAACCAACAAUAUGAUGAAUAAAUCAUUCCAACGACAGCCAACACCAUAUCCAAAAGAUUUAAAAGUUCAGGCAAGACAUGCAAGAAAUUUUGUCAUGAAACAUUUAGAUCUGAAUAAUAUCUAUAUUGAAGAAAUCAAAACUGAUGAUAAUUUGUAAUUUGUAUUUUCACACAUUAUAUUCAGUUUGUUGAUGAUACACCAAAGUCUUCUUCUUC